AUGCGCUUUGCCAGUGCCAACAAUCAGCAGGGUCGCGAAAUCUCACGUCGAGACGACCUUGAGGCGUUGCUGUACCAGGCGGUGUACUUUGUUAAGAAGGAGCUACCUUGGGAUGGACAUGGACAAGAGAUUACCAAUGUCUUUCAAAAGCAAAUUGCCCAAGGUCAGUUUAAAGAAAAGCUUGCGCCCGAAGAGCUGUGCAUCGAUAUGCCACGUCAGUUUGCCGAGUACCUCCGACUGGUGCGCAAGUGUGAGUUCAGCCAACGUCCUCCCUACCGAAAGCUGCUAGGCCUUAUGCGCGACGUGCUCACGUAUCUGGGCAUUUACGCUGAUGAGGACUUUUACGAUUGGGAUGAAAGCCAAAUUCCACUUCCCCUUUACCGCCGUUCUUAA